AUGGCGAUGGCAUAUCGAAAAUCGGAUAAAUUACCACCUGAGAUCAACAACAUUUUGUUUGUGAAGAAUCUUCCAUUCAAGAUAACAGCGAAAGAAAUGUAUGAUAUCUUCGGGAAGUUUGGCGCCGUUCGACAAAUUCGAGUGGGUAAAACACCACAAACCAGGGGUACGGCAUUUAUCGUUUACGAGGAUAUUAUGGAGGCCAAGAAUGCUUGUGAGAAACUCCAAGGCUACAACGUGAGCAAUCGCUACCUCGUGGUGCUGUAUUAUCAAAUCACGAAAGUUUAUCAACGACUGAACACUGAAGAGGGUAAGCGAAAACUUGAGCAAAUGAAGUCGAAAUACGGAUUGGGUGAAAACGACAAAAAGGGAUGGGAGGCUCCUGGAUUCAACACUCCCGGAAGAAAGUGGAAU